UAUGCACAAACAAUGAAUCAUGGAACACUUCAUCUAAAACUAAUGAUGUAAUGUAUGGGGAUUAACAUAAGAAUAAAAAAAAAAAAACUGCCCCACUUCUUAUCAUUAGUACGUGAGUGUAUAAUGUCCCAGCCACUUGGGAUUCAGUGCACUUUUCUCAUUUCAAUCUUUACAAUGUCUAUAAACCACACUGCACCCCAGUCAGAGCAUCAUCUUAGAAUCUGUAAUCAUCUGUGGUGCUCAUCUCUGAGUUCUCCUGGCUAACUGGCGUGCCCCCCCACACCCCCAUGGCCCCCCCUUUCUUUAUUGUACUUUCUUCAAGGUAAAAAUCACCAAAACUCCACUGUAUGCGUUCUUUACUGUUGAUUUGUCCUUCUAAUAAUACUGCCUUAUGAGGCCAACUUUUAUUUUAAUUAACAGGCAUAUCACUUCACUUGACAUAAGGUGUCUAUCCCGUGGUCGCAGCUCUCUUGGACAUCCUAGAGGACAGGGGUCACGCCUGUUUGUAUCCCCAGUAAUUUCAGAUUGGUGCCAUACGUAAUAGGUGUUGGUAAUAUUUAUUACAUCAGUUUCAGCUACUUAUCUUAAUAGAGCGGGAGCCACAUACAAUCAAGCGUUGACUCUGGGGGGUCUGAGGAAAUGAAGCAGAUGACUUCUGCAGAGAACUACCGGCAGUCCCUUUUCUCUCUUGAUUAAUGCUUAUGUGGUAGGUCUUCCUUACGUAUACUAACAGAACGAAGCUGUGGAUAAUCCAAAACCUUGAGUACUUUGGAGUACAUGUUGGUGUUUCUUUGUGUGUUGCUGAAGAUGGACUUGCCACCUGUGAAUUCGCUUUAAAAUGAAUAAUAUUCUCCUCAUAAAGACACACUCAGGACUGAGCAGUUGUCUAUCUCCUUACUCUGCCUCUACUCUGGGGCGUUUCUGGUUUGCACCCUUGCCUGCGAACACAUGGCCUUAGGGAAACGCUCAUCGGGCAGGGUUUCUCCAAGCUGUUGUUUAGAACAAGAUCUACACCUAAAAGGUUUUUCCAAAAACUGUUAUAGAUAAAAUAGUGGAUUUGUUUCAAAUAUAAAUGAGGGAAAUAAGCAGCAAUUUUGAGGAAUGACAGUAAACUGGGAGUAAUAUUUGAAUGAAAAUAUGAACCAUCUAGAUAACUUGUGAUUUAGGGGGGAAAUCUAUAUAUCUAGGGAUAUUGAUUUAUUUACUUUUCACUUUUCAGUUUACUGUAAAUAUUGUAUGUGUUUCACGUUUGUUUCUAAUGGGAAUUGAGAUAGAUUUUCCAUAAAGUAUAAAAAAUAUAAUGAAUAAAAACCAAUUUGGCUCAUGUGCCAUUAACCAGAUUGGGUCGCACUUUUGGAAUUUCAAACUAACUCUUCUUUUCUUUUUAGGUUGCCUCUUGGUGCUGCAUUGGCCGUAUUUGGCACCCAGAAUGCUUCAUUCUGUGAUGGUCUAUUAAUAAGGUUACCUUGUAAAGUUUGGAGCAGGGCCUCAGAUCGGCCAAAAUGGGAAGGACUGGAUUCCGCUCUCUUCCACGAAGAGUCAAUGGGACUGGCUAAGAUCAAGGUCUGAGGCUUUUUCCAUCUGUCAUCAGGUAUUGUGCUCCAAGCCAAAAGUCGCACUGGUGUACUGCCCACGGGUUACAGGUGUGCCAAAGACUGAUCCCCUCAGCUCUUGGGGAGGCCUGAGGACUCUGGCUCAUCCACUAACCUCAGUGUGCCCAAUGAACAGAAUCAUUUUCUGUGAUGUGCAAAAAGUCCCUUUUUGCUUUCUUUUACGACCACAUGAAACUUGAGAAGCCACCUAAAGCUAAAUCAUUUAGUGGAGUUGGGCAGUUCCCAAGUGUCCAACAAGAAGGCCUGCUUUAGGCUGCGAUGGCCACUGUCAUUCCUGGUGAUUUGUCAGAAGUAAGAGAUACCCAGAAAGUCCCUUCAGGGAAACGUAAGCGUGGUGAAACCAAACCAAGAAAAAACUUUCCUUGCCAACUGUGUGACAAGGCCUUUAACAGUGUUGAGAAAUUAAAGGUUCACUCCUACUCUCACACAGGAGAGAGGCCCUACAAGUGCAUACAACAAGACUGCACCAAGGCCUUUGUUUCUAAGUACAAAUUACAAAGGCACAUGGCUACUCAUUCUCCUGAGAAAACCCACAAGUGUAAUUAUUGUGAGAAAAUGUUUCACCGGAAAGAUCACCUGAAGAAUCACCUCCAUACGCACGACCCCAACAAAGAGACGUUUAAGUGUGAAGAGUGUGGCAAGAACUACAACACCAAGCUCGGGUUCAAGCGUCACCUGGCCUUGCAUGCCGCGACGAGCGGCGACCUCACCUGCAAGGUCUGCCUGCAGACUUUCGAGAGCACGGGAGUGCUGCUGGAGCACCUUAAAUCGCACGCCGGCAAGUCGUCCGGCGGGGUGAAAGAGAAAAAGCACCAGUGCGAGCACUGCGAUCGCCGCUUCUACACCCGGAAGGACGUCCGGAGACACAUGGUGGUGCACACGGGAAGGAAGGACUUCCUCUGUCAGUACUGUGCACAGAGAUUCGGGCGGAAGGAUCACCUGACUCGACACAUGAAGAAGAGUCACAAUCAAGAACUUCUGAAGGUCAAAACAGAACCGGUGGACUUUCUGGAUCCAUUCACCUGCAACGUUUCUGUGCCUAUAAAAGAUGAGCUCCUGCCGGUGAUGUCCUUACCUUCCAGCGAACUGUUGUCAAAGCCAUUCACAAACACUCUGCAGUUAAACCUCUAUAACACUCCAUUUCAGUCCAUGCAGAGCUCGGGACCUGCCCACCAAAUGAUCACGACUUUACCUUUGGGAAUGACGUGCCCAAUAGAUAUGGACGCUGUCCAUCCUUCUCACCACCUUUCUUUCAAAUACCCAUUCAGUUCUACCUCAUAUGCCAUUUCUAUUCCUGAAAAAGAACAGCCACUAAAGGGGGAGAUUGAGAGUUAUCUGAUGGAGCUGCAAGGUGGCGUGCCCUCCUCAUCCCAGGAUUCCCAAGCAUCAUCAUCUAAACUAGGGUUGGAUCCUCAGGUCGGGUCCCUCGAUGAUGGUGCAGGGGACCUCUCCCUGUCAAAAAGCUCUAUUUCUAUCAGUGACCCCCUAAACACGCCCGCCUUGGAUUUUUCCCAGUUGUUUAAUUUCAUACCCCUCAAUGGCCCUCCCUAUAAUCCUAUCUCAGUGGGGAGCCUUGGAAUGAGCUAUUCCCAAGAAGAAGCUCAUUCUUCUGUGUCUCAGCUGCCCCCCCAGACACAGGAUCUUCAGGAUCCUGCAAACACUCUAGGGCUCGGCUCCCUGCACUCCCUGUCAGCAGCGUUCACCAGUAGCUUCAGCACGAGCACCACACUGCCACGUUUCCAUCAAGCUUUUCAGUAGGAGUCCAAGACGUGGACUGAUUACAGAAACCUACGUGUAGCCCUGCCUUAGAUGACCAUUUUUAUUUUAGUGCCUACUUUAAAACAGCAUAAAAACUUCUGCUUUUGUACAGUACCAAUUUUCAUUAAGCCAGUAUGAAAUAGAAACAGGCUUUAUACAUGAGCUUUGGAACCAUUUGCGUUCAGUUAUGUUUACCUGGGUAUUUUGUCCACACUCACUGCCAAUUGUCGUAUAUUAAGAUGAUUUUUCCUCUAGGAAAGCCAUUAUUAGCAGUAAAGUCUUACGAGUCCCACGUUUAAAUCGCUUUGAGAUCUUAAAAUUUUCAGUUCUGUCCAAUAACAGUGGCUCUACCUUUUGACAUUUGGCUCAUUAAAGAUUUUUGCAAUAGAAUGUACAUUUUCUAAAAUGUAUAUGAAUAACCUGAGUUUUUAAAUUUUUACUAGUCUCUAAAUGGAUUCAUAAGGAAAUGUUCUCAGAUGAAUUCAGAAUCCAGUUUGGGGAGAUAAUAGAUGUUUCUUAGAUAUACCGUAAUUUCAGGUCAGUAUAUUUUGAAGAUUUUGCUAUUGUCUGGCUCAAAUAUUUGCCGUCUAUAUUAUGCACAUAUAAGGAAAACAAAACCUAAACACAAAGCACCAGUACUUAUAGCAAAAAGAGACUCCUGGUGAGGUGACGCGGCAUUCCAUGUUGCUCAGUAGUUGGCCUAAAACUCGUACGCAGGAUAUUUUGCCACGUUGCAAAGUUGCUCUCUUUCCCAUUUAAUAGUACUCAUCGUGUUACGGCAUCGGAGUCUUCAGAGUCGACGUAUGGCUAGAUCUCUUUCAUCUUUCACGGCCAAAGGGUGGGUCAAGUGCAGCCAGCAAUUCUAUUUUAAUUGUCAGUCCACAGUUAGUCCAGAAUCGAGAGCCACUGUGGAACCACAGAUGUCAGGGGUGUUUAUCCCAGAGUGGACUGUCUCUUCUUCUGUGGCGGGAUAGUCUCCUAAGAAGAAAGAUAGAUGUAUGAAGCACUUGGUUCAGCUUUGGAACUGGUCUAGGGAUCCUGGCCCUUGUUGCCAGGGUUGGAAACUAGACUCUUCAGGAGUAAAGAAAAAGCAUAUCGCUCACAUCACUUCUUGUGAACUUAAUACAGUUUUCUCUCCCAUAAGAGCCCCAAGCAGAAAACAAAACAACAGCCCUACCCCCAUGGUAUCUUUCUUACUCCGUGUUGAUUUUUCUUUCCUUGCUAUCUUCGGAUGGAGACUUUAAAAUUAAAUGCAUUAGAAAACUAUUUGAGGAAUGACCACAAGGUUUUAAGCGACUAAAAAUAUAUACAGUAAAACCCCUUUUACACGUCUCUGGGAAAUCGGGGGAGAGUUGCAAAUCAGUUGAAUUUGUAGUGGGGCGGGAAUCUAAAGCAAAACAAGCACUGUCUUAAUGUGAAAGUAACAAUCAAGAAUAUUGUGUUGACUGAAUAAAAUAGUUACUGUGGGCUUUCCUCAGAUUAGACAACCACCAUAACCUUUUUGAAGGUCAGUUUAUACUUUUCUAAAUAUUGGUUGGGACAUCAGCCUCCGAAACAUAUCUAUUAAGCACUUGUUAACACCUUAUUUUGGGACCCUGUCUUUUGGGGUGGGUAUGAAGGGGAAGGUUUAUAGAAGAGUAUAUAUCUCUUUAAAAAAAAAAAAAAAAGAAAAAUAUUUUCUGAGCACUCAUUAGCCCUAUACAGAAGCUUGUUUUUUCAUUUAUAGGGCCAAUUAUCACUGCAGAUUGCGAUGUUUACCAAGAAUUUCUUAAAAAUGAGUGCAGAUUACUGAAUAUAAUACAUUAUUUAAAAUAUUUGGGAGUAGUAUAAUUUGUGGAGAAAUGUAAAUUGUAAUAAUGUAAAUGGGGGUUUCACUAUAUAUAUUAUACACACACACACAUACAUACACACACACAUACACACAUAUAUCGCACUUCAUAGAAUCAGAGUUGCUCUCUUAAGGGAGCUUUGGCUCCUGAUAUUUUAUCAUGCUCCUAUUUUUUUUUAAAUUCUAGGAGCAGUAGUUUUUAUACUUAUGUAUUUAAAUUUUAUUAUAAAAAAUUACAUUUUAUAAAAAAAAGUGUGUUCCAAAGGCAUUAAAAUUAUAUAUGUUUUAAUAAGGAAAUACAUUUAAAAUUUUUCAAACUGCUCCUAAGCUUUUGAUUAGGAGAAUAUUUGCUCUGAAAGUAGGCUUUUAGCUCUGCUUUAUUACUGCUUCCUUUAGUUUCUAUGAAACAGAUUGCUUACUUAAAUCAUUAGUUGAAUGAUUAGUGUUCAAUAUUGCUUUAAUUGCCAUUAAAAAAAAGGAAAAAGAAAUUGGUGACAGAGCACAAAUAAAUAGAAAACCUAUUUUUACGCAGCCGUCACAAAUACAAGUGUAGAAGCACUACUUUACUUUGUCUAAAAUUUGCUUAAGGAGAAGUCAAGUCAAUGACCUGAGACGUCGGCCUUAACAGGCUGUAUCUCACUGCUAAUAAACAAUUAAAAAGGGAGUACCAGGAUUUACUCAAUAAAGCAUUUUGGAAAUGGGGAAUGGUGCCAUAUAUGUAUAUAUAUUUUUUAGCCCGAUUCUCGCCCUGCAUGGAAUUCAGAUACAUGGAGGCACAUCUUUCAGGGCACCAGGGUUAAAACUGUAGAGUCUUAAUUUUCAUGUGAACACCUCUCGGCCUGUUGCCGCCUCAUAGACUUGAAAUAAUACUUCCAAGGAAGAGGGAAUUCAGCUCGUGUGUUUUUCAGAUUGACUCUACUGGUCACCAAACCCUUUUUGAGAGAAUUUCUGUUAAACAUGAGGCAGAUUCAUUUAUCUUAAUUGCACAAUGGUCUAACAAGGAUGUAACGCAGAACUGGCUCUUUUUUUCUAGAAAAAAUUGACAUUUGUUUUUACAUCAACUGGGUGUGAUUAAAAAUAAUUAUUGCCAAUGCUGUUUUCAUUCUCCCCGUGGCCAGAAUCAUCAUCCUUGAAAUUUCUAGUAGUGCCUUUGCUUGUU